AUGGAUCUUAGAAAUCACACAGAUGUUUCAAAAUUCCUUCUCCUGGGAUUGACAGAUGAUCCAGAACUGCAGCCCCUGAUCUUCUGCCUGUUCCUGUCCGUGUACCUGGUCACCAUCCUGGGAAAUCUGCUCAUUGUCCUGACUGUCAGCUCUGAGUCCUACCUCCACACCCCCAUGUAUUUUUUUCUCUCCAAUCUGUCCUUUACUGACAUCUGUAUAAGCACAACCACGAUCCCAAAGAUGCUGGUGAACAUCCAAGCGCAGAAUCAGGGCAUCACUUAUAUAGGCUGCCUCACCCAGCUUGGCUUUGUCCUGUGUUUUGGUGGAUUUGAGAAUUUUCUCCUUGCAGCUAUGGCCUAUGACCGUUAUGUGGCCAUCUGUCACCCACUAAUGUACGCAGUCAUCAUGAGCUCCUGCUUCUGUGGACUGCUAAGUCUAUUCUCUCUGUUUCUUAGCAUUGUGGUUGCCCUCCUCCACAGUCUGAUGGUGUUGCGAUUGUCCUUCUGCAAGGACCUGGAAAUCCCUCACUUCUUCUGUGACCUUGCUCAGGUCCUCAAGCUCGCCUGUUCUGAUACCCUCAUCAACAGCAUCCUGACAUAUGUUGUGGCUAGCCUUUUUGGAGGUAUUCCUCUUGCUGGGAUCAUUUUCUCUUAUACUCAAAUUGUCUCUUCUGUUUUGAGAAUGCCAUCAGCAAGAGGGAAGCUUAAAGCUUUUUCCACCUGUGGGUCUCACCUCUCAGUUGUUUCCUUGUUCUAUGGGACAGCUUUUGGGGUGUACAUUAGUUCUGCAUUUACUGAUACUUCCAGAAAGACAGCAGUGGCUUCAGUGAUGUACAUUGUGGUUCCUCAAAUGAUGAACCCCUUUAUCUACAGCCUGAGGAACAGGGAUAUGAAGGGAGCCUUGAGAAAACUCAUCAGAAGGAGACCUCCUUUUCUGUGA